AUGGAUCGCUAUGACAUUGUCCAGACCAUUGGCCAGGGCGCGUCUGGCACUGCGUUUGUGGUGCGGGAGAAGGACAACGCUCAAGGCAAGCUCCUCUGCAUCAAGCAAAUGACCACAUCCACGUUCAACGAGCGCGAGCAACAGAACGCCAUCAACGAAAUCAAGGUGAUGAAGCAGCUGGACAACCCGUUUAUUGUGGCGUACCACGAUUCGUUUGAGGAGGGCGAGCACUUGCACAUUGCGCUCGACGAGCGCAAUGGUGAGUACCUGGACGAGGAGCAGAUUCUGGACUGGUUCUGCCAGCUUUGCCUGGCUGUCAAGCACUGCCACGACCGCCGUAUUCUGCACCGCGAUCUCAAGACGGAGAACAUCUUCCUUUCGGAGGACAAACAGAUCAAGCUCGGUGAUUUUGGACUUGUGCGGACGCUGCAGUCAUCGAUGGACAUGGCUCGGACUGCGGCCGGGACACCGUACUACCUCUCGCCGGAGAUCUGCAACGGUGAGACGUACAACUCCAAGUCCGACGUGUGGGCGCUGGGUUGUGUGCUGUACAAGCUGCUUACGUUCCGGCACGCGUUCCAGACCGACUCACUCCCGGUUCUCAUCCGCAAGAUUGUGUCCGGCGACUACGCGCCGAUCCCGCGGACGUUCUCGUCCAAGGUCCGCGCCCUUGUUGACUGGAUCUUUACCUCGAAUCCGGAGGAGCGGCCGUCGGUGUACGAAAUUUUGCUCAACACCCCGUUCCUCAAGUCGCGGAUCCCCAAGUUCCUCUCGGACGAGCAGAUCCAGAUCGAGUUUGGCAGCGAGUAUCAGAUUCUCGACGACCUGCAGGAGGACGAGCACUCAGACCUCUGGGUCUCGUUCUCCUCGUCAGACGACCCGAACGCACCCGACGCCGCCCCGCGCUCGUCGCGCUCGUCACUGCACGGCAAGGACAAGUCCAAGUCCAAGUCCAAGGACAAGUCCAAAUCCAAGUCCAAGUCCAAGGACAAGUCCAAGUCCAAGUCCAAGUCCAAGGACAAGUCCAAGUCCAAGUCCAAGGCUAAGGAAAAGUCCAAGUCCAAGGACAAGUCGUCGCGCCCGAGCUCGCGCCGUGGCGACCGCUCAUCGCACCGCUCGUUGCGCCGUGAGCCGUCGGGCUCGUCCGAGUCGCGCUCGCGCUCGCGCUCGCGCCACGGUUCGCACCGCGGCUCGUCGUCACGCCAUAGUUCGCACAAGGACAAGUCCAAGGCCAAGUCCAAGGCCAAGGACAAGGAGAAGUCGCGUUCCGGCUCACGCCGAGGCGACAACGGCGAGCGGUCACGCUCACGAUCCCGUAGCCACCGCUGA